AUGGAUAUAGAAGAACAUAAUGCACCAAUACCUGAGGAUCGGAUUCCUACAGAGAGCCCUACUAUCGUGAAUGAGAAUCCUGCUGAGGAACCGGAUGAUUUGGCGUUACGAAAAACAGCCCUCCAUGUUUCUGGGGUGGAUUUUAUGUCAGAAGCACAAAUUAAAGAGUUUGUAUCCACCUAUGUUCCUGAGCAUGAAUGUGUGAUCGAAUGGAUUAACGAUAAUGAAUGCAACUUGGUAUUUCCGGAUGAAGACGUUGCUCGAAGGGCUCUUUAUUUACUCAUUUCUGAGCCAAUUUCUGAAUUCGAUGACUAUGCUGAACACCCUAUGAAACCUUGUCCAAGUCUUCCCUCCUCCUCGUAUCAAAUACGUUAUGCGAGAUACAAGGACAAAAAAGUAAAAAGUGCUCAUCUAUAUUCCCGUUAUUACCUAUUUCACGGGGACCCUCACGAGAAGGAUCGAUCAUCUCCUUCACAAAGAAAUUCUCCAGAAAACGAAGAUACAAAAGAAGUAUCAAAUCCCCUUCGCAAACGAAUUGGCCCCAAAGUCUCGCAGCUCUCUCUCUUAGAACGAAUUUCCGCUAGUCCUGCGGCAGAACGAAAACGUAGAAGAAACAGAAGAUUAAAAAAGAAAUCGGACACAUAG